CUUUAUUCCACCUGCUCACGCUGCAUCAUCUUCGACGAACUCUAUUGCCGAAUUUCACAUCGAAUCAUUCCAGAUCUACUUUUUUAAGGCUGUCUGACGCUAAAAAAUGUUUUCUCGAGAUUCAUCAGUGAGCAUCAAAGCCAGUGCCUCCUCCUUGUGCAACAAUCUUACGGUUUUAUCAUCGAAGGAGAAGCAGUCGUUAACUUAUGGCGUCGUUCAUAAGGCAUUUGUUUGUAUCACCACCGUUACUAAGGGGACUGUCGUCAACCAGAAACAAGUCUCUUGUAAAGGAGAAGGAGCUCAUAGUAGCUCUGCUGUGUUGCAGGUAUUUCUUUGCUUUGCUAAUUGUUACACCAAGCGGGGUAAUGGUUGAAUUCACAUUCAAUGUACUUUUAUGAUCAGCUUGUUUACAUUAGCAAGCUUCUUUAGCCAUGACCUGAGCAUGACCCGGAUCGACUUUACUUAUGCUGGAUAUACAGUACACAGUAAAAUAUAUGGUAACAAUUUGACAAUCAAACGUACAUGAAAACUGAAAGUGCCUCUAGAUCGGUGAAAAGUUAGCUCAGGUGUUCGUUCUUCUUUGCAUUUAGACCUGAAAAUCAAUUUACAAAUUUAAGAUUAUAAUUCUUUUAGGAGCUGGACAAGAGUUGGGUGACCUAUGGUUUGAACUGAGAAUUAUGUUGUAACAUUUGAACCAUUUGAUUGUCAGUAGCAUAAACACAUUUUCAACAAUCUCCAGCAUCUUAGUUUACAUGUUAUUGUCAAUUACCUGAUUGGCUGACUUAUUCAUGCAUUUUGAUUGAUUGUUACAUGGGGCAUAAAUCUAUUUAGAGGACAGAUGCAUGGGUGAUGUCACUAUUGACAACAUUUGAAUUUUUUUAUACAUGAAACAAAUAGAUUUGUUGUUGCUGUGGGUCUGUACAGUAAUUUAUCACAGAAGACAUGAAAUCAACAUGGCAAGAACAUCAGUGACACACUUGGCUGCACCUCAUAUGCCACUUUUUGUUUUUACCACAUUUUGACAUUAUCUGUGAUCUAUCACAGUCAUCAAACAGAUGCAUGACAACAUGGAAUCUAUUUGCUAGAAGCAGUACAGGGAGUCUUAUUUCUUCACUGAGUUAAUUUGUCAUAUUUUGUAUGAUCACAAGUCACAUUACUGACCCAAUUGCAAAUUCUGUCAGAUGAACACAAGUCCUGUAAUUUCAUCCUGAACAUUUCAAACUGUUGUUAUCCUGAAUACAUUCUGUGGUCCAAAAUAAUUUCAGACAACAACAUUCUGUUAUGUUCUGAUUUUAAAAUCACUUCUUACUGAUGAUAAUUAACUUUUCAGGCAAAGUGGUGUGAACUUCCAGACAGAACUGUCCUGGUUAUUACCUCUGUUAAGGGUGCCCAGGUACUUUUUUCUUCUUUACUUUAUGAAAUUUUUUUUUUAGUGCAUUGAGAGCUGUAGUUACCUAACAUUUAGCAAGCUGGACUCCUUGUAAAUCUCUCUGUGUGCUGAAUCUUCUAUUCAGCAUAACAUGUGAUGCAGUGUUAAGUUACAAAUAGAAAGGCCAUGUUCUCAUUAGUAUCGCCAAUUAAAGCUUGAUUAAGGUCCCUAUUAACAGGCAUUAGCAAACUUCACAGAAAUCUUACAAAAUGCCGCAGGGUUGGGGUGACUUGUGAUGAAGUAGCAUACAGUUCAGGGGAUGUAUCAAAACUACCACAGUAGUUGCUUUUUGGUAUAAAACUGAGACUUGGAUAGGUUUUUUCAGAAAGGGAAGGGUUGUUCUCUCUUGGGAGAUAACUAACACCUUAUGAUAAGUGGCACUUUUUUUUUUUACUGUGCACUAGUUCCCAUGACAUACAUCAACUGAUUUACUAGUUCUUGUUGGAAUGGUUUAUGAUUUAGAUGUUUGAAACUGAUGGAUCUAUAAUGAUAUUCUGGCAAGCACUUGGUGAAUCAAAGGAAGGAGGUAUGCUUUGUGUGUAUUUUUCUAAAUCAUACAUACCUGACUUACUAACCUUGUUUUGUCGGCCUUUUCUGUAAGUUACAGACCACUUGUUUCUGUUCAGAUUUGUGACCAUGAAUUCUUUUCUAAAAUGGAGUCCAAUUUGGAGACCUUUGUAUCACAUACCAAACUAAAUCACACCCAUACUCCCAAACUGUAAGUCAUAAUGAGUAUACUCCUUUCAUUAAUCAAUACAAGACUUAUUAUUUAUUUUUCUUAUAUACUUCAGUCUAUUCCCAUUUUGCAAGAGGAAUAUCGGCAGUAGGGGACAAGUAUAUUUGUGUCGGUGAGUGGAACUACAAGACAGAUCUUUAGGAUGUGUUUGUUUUAGUUUUGAACCUCUCACUCCAGUUUUAACCAUUUGCACACCGGUAUGUUGGUAAAUCACCCUCCAAAUGUCUGUUAUGUAAUCUGGUAAAGAAGGUAGGGAAUUAGUUAUAGUUUUCAUGUUGCUGAGGCCUUGAAAGAGUUGUCCAUCUGCCCUUACAUGAAGUGUCUUCAGAGGGUGUCCCUCACACAAGGGUAUUGGUAUAUGAGAAGUGUCUGUAUACAGAAUUGCUCACCUUCCAGAGAAUGGUCAAUGUUUCAGAAGUGUCCUCCCCACAAAUGGUGGUGUACAUGGAGCUCUCUGUCCACAGAGGUGUGCUUACUCGAAUUUGUUACUAGCAAGUUUGUUAUUUUAGGUACUUCAGAGGGUGGUAUCAUGGUGUUUGACAUUCCACCACGUGGCACAGCUGUUAAACUACAGGAGACGCUUACCUCACACAAGACAGCCAUUUGUGAGCUUGAAGCACAAGGUGGACGGAUGGUGUCAUCAGAUGAGGAGGGUAACAUCAUUCUAUGGCAAUCAGGAGGACAUUUUACAGAGAUUAUUAAGAUUGACGGAAAAGGGUUAGCAAUCACAUCUUUUUUUUGUCUGAAGUCAACUUCACAUUUUUGUGAUGCCAUUGAUUUACCGUCUAGUAAAAAACUCGAGUGUUCUGUUGUCAGGUAAAAUAUAAUAUAUUCCUUAAAAUAUAUUUUUUCUUCCAGGUUUCCCUGUUCAACACUGUGCUUGUACAAGGACUUUAUUAUUGGUGGUUUUGCCACAGGUCACAUUAGAGUCUUCAGUGUGUCAUCUGGUGCACUUUGUAUUGAGGCUUGUGCUCAUGCUCGUUGGAUCAAUGCAAUGGAUAUUUCUGUAGAAGCAGGGCUGGUAAGGAAAUUUUUUCUUCUGCAUAAACUGAUUUAAUUAUUUGGAAAUAAGCACAAAGUAGGAUUUGACCUUGCUAUUAGAGCACAGCUCAAGGUGUUAAAUUUCCAGCUUUACCUUGAAAUGAAGGAUUUUUGUCACAAACAAACGGCAAAGAAAAAAAUGUGAAUCCUAGCUUGCCCUCAUUAUCAGCUCUGCACGACCCACUUUUCUCCACUCACAGGAAGACUUGAGACGAGUCGUGUAGGGAUUUGCUGGGGGUCUGGCAUUAAUAAUUAUCAGUGCUAAACCCCUGGCAGAAAUCCCACCGCCUUAAAUUGCUCAAGUCCUCAGACUUUCCCGCGAGCGUAGGAUCUGCUCGUAGGCUAUGUGACGCUCAUGUAAGGAUUCGGAUCAAUAUCAGUAUCUGGGAAACUGCCCACCUACCCCUCCCCUAACUCAACAAUAGUCAAUUGAUAACAAGUUAGGGUUAAUAUUGGGUUAGGGGAGGGGUAGGUGGGUAGUUGCCCAGAUACUGAUAUACUCCAACUUCCUCUGAUUUCCCAAUAGUGCUAUCUACCAGCGGAGUAACAAAGAAAGUAGGCCAUUUUGGACAUUCAUGCUGGGGCCCAUUUCUCGAAAGUCCCGGUAAUUUUAUUGGCCCGAAGUUAUAUAUUUCUAAAUUUAAGGAAUGAUUACGCGAGUCUUUGGUCAAACACUGGUCCAUCCUUUUUCAUUUCCUGACAUCUUUAUUGUUUGAAUUUCAAAUUUGUCAAAAUCUCGAUCUUGACUGAAACACGAUAGACAAAAAACCCGCUUUUCGGGCCCGUGAACUCGAUAAGUCUUUCGGGAAGCGAGCCCCAGCAUCCUCUGUGCUCCUAGGAACAGCAGUGUUUAUUGUGUUAUUUUUGAAAAAUCGAGUAAAAAAGAUGAUCGAGAUUUCUAGCCUAGUUGUCUGUAUGAAGAAAGAUUUGAAACACCUAUCAUAAGCGUUAUAACCACCACUGUUUGGAUUGUUUGUCUUUUAUUGUUUAUAUAUAAUUACAUGUAAAUAACGUAAUGUUGUUACUAUCCACAGCUUGUCACAGUUUCAGAAGACUCUAGUGUCAGAGUAUGGAAGCUUUCUGCUGAUAGCAGUCCAACGGUAGGUUUUUCAGCAAGGAUUACUUUUUGCUGUAAUUUUUGUGAUUGGCUAAUCGCCCAUGAAGAUCCUUCGUUGUGAUUGGACAUUGUGAUACUUUGGAUUUGCGACUCUGAACUCCAAGCACAGGAAAACCUGAUAAAAGGGGGUAAGUUUCUAAACAAACUGUGGUGCUGCGUCGUUGGGAGAGUAUAACUAAACUCCAAGCACAGGAAAACCUGAUAAAAGGGUGUAAGUUUCUAAAGAAACUGUGGUGCUAUGUCGGUGGGAGAGUAUAACUGGAUAAUUUAAUAUUAUCGACUGAGUCGAUAACGUAAAUUGGCCUCCGUAAAGAGUUUAAAAGCUAACGUUUUGAUAGAACUGGCCAAUCGCCCUGACGAAGGGCUAACGCUCGAACCUUUAGCUUUGAAACUCUUUACGGUGGCCAAUUUCCGUCAACAUCUCGCUUAAUAAUACCAAAUUACCCUGAAUGACUGUAAGCCUACAAACAGGCCCCCAUCGCGGCAGAACGAGCGUUUUUCAGCCUGCGAGAACAUUUAAAUGGUCUGGCACUAAAGAGUGUCAGACCAUUCGCAGACCUCUAGAUGACUCGCGUUUCUCAAGUGCUGAAAUAUGCUCGGUGGCGAAGAAACGCCAGUACUGAAGCGCUAAAAUUGACGACGGCCAGCUCGCAAGCUGAAAGACCAAGUACUUUGGUUCUAGUCAAACUUUACUACUGAUUAGGUUGAUCGGUGGCAAGAGGUUUCUCGACCAAUCACAGAGCGUAAAACAGCAAACCAAAGCAAUCCAGGAUGCCUUUCGGCACUAAUUGGAAAUUUCGCUUUAACAUACUCAACAUUUGAUUCUGUUGCCGAAAUUUUUUUCUUUCAGAUGGAGAUGGUAUUUCAACAAGUCAUUGCAGAUACCCAGCUGUGUGGAGCAAGAUUCACAGACUUGUCAGGAGACUCCUUUGGUGUGACUGGAUAUGACUUAGCAGAGAUAAUAAUGUUCUCCAAAAAAUAGAAAUUUCCAUAAUUUAUUCCCGGUUACCAUAACGUCGAAAAUUUUCCAUAACGAUUACUUCGUGGGUGCGUAUCGAAAGUGGUUUUGCCAAAGGUAAGCCCGCAACUCCACGGCCCAGCGGGUCAGCGGCCCGCGGUAUUCUUAAGGUCCAAGGCCUGGCGACUCACUUUACUGCCACCUCUCCAAUGGGUGCUCCAAUAUGUCACGCUCUUGUAGCUCGUGGCAAUAAAAUGAUAAAGAUAAAAUCUGAGAACUUUGAGAAUGAAUGUCUGUUUAGCCGGCAGGUUCUGUGAUUAAAAAACGUUCAAAGACUAAACAUUUUCCCCAUGCAAAAUGAAAGGAAAUGUAGCAAAGCUUGCAAGUGGUUGAAAAUAUAAAAAAAGCACGAGCACAAAGACUUGCCAUUAUUCGUCUUCAGAGUUCACAAUUUUGGUAUGUAUAUGUUGUCCGCUGACCAUGGAAAAUAGCAAUGAAAUGGGCCGCAGGCCGCGGGCUGCUCUUGGCAAAACCCUUUCAAAGAGACGUUGGUAAAACCUAACUUUGUCUUUUUUUCCUUUCUGAUUUUUACUGGGCCUCAUUUUGUUGUUUUGCAUUGUAUUGUUUCCAUUUAAUACUCUUAGAUACAUAUUUAAUUAACCGUAGCAACAGCGCUAUUUGCAGCUUGAAAAUCCUCUACAUAACAUGACAUAACGCUAUAAAUAUCGGUGCAGUAACCAGCUUAACAGUUUAAAAUAAAUUUUAUCUUGUUACAUAUCAAGGGUUUUAGUUCUUUAAAAAUGAUAUGAUUAUCGAGAUUAACCUUUUUGUUAUUUACAAGUAAGUUAGACUCCAUUGCCGUUGUUCAAAUUUGCAGCCGUUUUGGCUGGAAAAAGACAGCAAAUUCUGUUCUUUUUUUUCUGUAAAUAGGGCAGAUCACAUACAUAAACUGGGUUUUGAUAUAGUGCUUUUGGAAGGAGUUUGUCUCUUGCGGUGGGAGUUUUACUUGUAAAUAGCCGAUUAAUCGCCAAUAGAUUACUGUACUUACAACUGACGCAGUUUCGUCUCAAAAUCCUCUUCAUGACGUUGUAAAUAUAGUACUCGAGCGAAUCAAUUUGAUCCAUCAAGAGUUGUCGUAAUUUAAAAAAUUUGCAAUUAUACAGAUUAACCUUUCGUCAGUUGUACCGACAAAUUCUGCUUUCCUCUCUGUUGAAUUGAGCACACUUAUCGACCACGUGAACUGAGUUUUACGAUUCAGGGCCCGCUUUUUGAAAGAAAAUUCAAGAACAAAGUAGUAAAAUUAAGUUAAUUUAGGGUUAAACAGGUCUCAUUUACGAUUUGAAUAAGUCAGUUUUGCAGAGAUUUCAUCAACAUCAUUUUCGCUGCUUGAGGGUCUACGACGAAGACGAGUGUUACAGGAGAGUAGUGAACCUUGAUUAACCAGUAUGAUUAGGAUAAUUAGCUUGUGAAAAUCCGUCGUCAUAAGUGUUUUUCAAGGUGCAAUUAAAAAAAAACUCUUUGUUCAAAUUAUAGAUACGAUUUAAGUUCAAAUAUUCAUAAUCCACAGAGCGAACUUUGAACGACGCCAAGGUACAUUCUAAGUUAGUACAAAAAUUAACGAACACCGGAAGUCUUCUCAUGGCGACAUAUGAAGAUGCCGUGGGUUUUGCCAGUGUUUGAAAAUAUGAUCAUAAAAUUUCUUCGUUGGUUAUUUUUUCAGAUAAAUAAUGAGCUAUUUCUUCGAUGCUGAAGUUACCUAAGUAGAACGCCAGCAGUUCAAAAUAAAUCCGUUUCAGUUGUUGAUUAGAGAAGAUUCGGGUUUUUUUUUGUUACAUCUUUAUUCUAAAUGACCUGCAAAUUAUCGGUUUGAAGUAAAAGUACAAGUCACAUACAGUGUACUUUAAAAAAAUAACUGGAAAAAUUAUUAACUCAUAGGUACACUUUGAUUCAGAUAGUUAUUGAGAAGUGAUUUGUAACCAUCAACCGAGCUAUUUAUAAGAUAUUAAUUCUAAUGAUAUUUAAUCAUUAUUUUCUUGCACAACUAUCGUUAAUACUUAAAUUUAGUUAUAAAUUAGUGUUCGUUUAUUCGAGGGAAAUAUUCGAUGAGUUAUAAAAAUUUUUUGCUUUCGUGCAGAUAGAGAACUAAUCUGCAGGGUUUGUAUUAAACUUAAUGUAAAUUUUAACUUUGUCAACAACCCGUGACAUACUUAUGCAAUUAUCACUGUGAAACUAAGGUGUGGUCCCAGAGUGCAUGUGUAUUUGAACCUUCUUUUCGACAGGAAUAACGAUGAUUUCGAUGUAAUUAUCUUAAUAGGAGACAACCUUGCAUUAGUUUUAAUGCAAAUAGGAAGCUAAUGAAGGACUCCUUUAAUGGCAAAUCAUAGCCUACGCCCUCACACACAUAAAUGAACGAAGUGACGUUACAUUAAAGUGGUUGAACUUAAAUAAACACUGUUGCCGUGUCUCAGUUAUUUUAUAAAUGGCAAGCUUAAGAACGAAAAUGGCUAGGAAAUAGCGAAAUAAUUUUCUUUCCUUUUUUUUGCGUAUAAUGCGAGACUGAUUGGCUUUGAUGCAGUUCAAAAGAACUUCCUAUUCCUAUUGAUCUAGGAUGUAGAGACUCGAUGAAUCUCUCACCGGUUUAGAUCCUUGUAAUUUUUUUUGUCGUUCAUGUUGCUGCUUUUGUUAGGGACAAAAAAAAGUUACAACCUGAAAUUGUUGAACUGAAAUUUUUGUAUUUUGAAUUAUCAAUUCUUUUCCUCAAGUAAGAGGUUUUUGAACGAAAUAUUUGAGGUUUGAAAACCGUCAGAAAGUAAGUCUCUAACUUGACAACAACAUUACCACCUGUUCUGUCAACUUGACUUUUGUUUCGCGGCAAAUGUCUAACUCACCUUUCAUUGGCGGAGACCUGUCCAAUCAGAGUUCAGCAAACAUUGGUGCUUGUUUCAGCACCGCGCUGAGCGACCCUCGCAAUAGAGCAGACAUUUUGUUUUGUCCUUCUUAAAUGAGGGAACCAAACUUAUACCAUAAACAAAUGGAUGUACGUUGGACGUUAUAAGACAUGUUAUUUAACGAGUGAAGAGCUUGGACAGCGUCCAGUUAAACCAGAAGCGGGUAAGUUAACGGUGGCUCUUACUGCUCGGAGUUGUAUGCCACACUUGUUGAUACUGUGAAAGCUUCAAAUCAUACAUUUGUCAACUGGCGAUGGUCAUUCACAAAAACAACCAACCGGAGGAUUAAGUGGCCAUGUGAAAUUGCGACUCACUUUACGUGUUAUGUGAUCUAUAUCCUGUUAAAUCACCCACGAUAUCCGGAAUUAGAUAAAGGCAAGAUCGAGGAACCAAGCGCCAGCUUUAGUUGCGUUACCCUUUGUAUAUACCAAGCUAAAACUGACUAUAUUUAGCCUUGAAUAUUUACCUGAAUGAAAGUUGGUGAAAGGAACGCAUGAUUUUUGUUCGGUGACUAGCAGUGGGUCAGAAAAACUUAUCGAUCCUUUUUUCUCUGCAAAAGAUUGCGCCUGAAUUAACUUUUAUAAAGGUUAAUCUGAGUAAAGUUUGUUAAGGCACAAAUGUAGUUAUAAGCUUAAAACGAUCACAUGAAGUGAAGCGUACAUUUGUGCAAUUCGAUCGGGCUCAGUGACCCUUUGUUAUUGUAAUGACUCUCGCUUUCUUUGUUCGAACGUUAUUCAGCUCAACCAAGUCUUCGCACAGCUUCCUGCUGGACAUCAAACACUCAAACAGACGCUCGAACUUCUGAUCGAAGCUUCGGGGAGGCUUCGAACGCUUCGAAAACGGCCGAUUCUUGGAACUGGAGGAUGCCCAGUGUCCCGCUUCCAAGCCCAAGCUAUUCAACGGGGUAAACUAUACAGCAUAAUCUUUAUAAUUUUUUAUUUUACGGUACGCUGCAGCAAACCCGCUUUGGAUCGACGCAUUUUUCUUGCUUCCGUCGUGAUCAUCGAUGCAUGCAAGCGUAAUAGACAUAGCUUGAUUUCAGAGUGGGUGCUUUGCAGUUUUGCAACUCGUUCUCUUUGCGUGUUUGCCGCUUAUUGAGUUUGUAUAAUAGGAUCGAAACGACACGGCGCAAAAAGUUAAUCGAUCGUUUACCAAUCUUUCCUUCUCACUUCAGGCGUCAUACUCCGUAUUACACCCAUCCAGAUGUGAGAAUCUAUGAGCUCAAUCGUCGCUUACAGCACCGGAUAGAGGUAAGGCGAUGUCAAGGGUUGCUAGCAUUUGUUACUGUACCGUGAAAGGCAAAAGCAGAUAUGUUUUUCACCGCGAGGGUCGUCACGAACUUAGGAAACGAUCGUUGGUACUGUCUGUGGGGUCAUAUGGACAGAUUUCACUCGAGUUUAAUUUUACAGGCUGAAAUUGCCGAAGAUUUACCCUCGAAAGGGAACUGGCUUGCUAACAAAGGCCUACGAUAGCUCUCCAUUAUUUAUUGUAGUAUUCAAGUGAUGGCAAAAUACAAUAUGUUUUGCUCUUUGUACCCAGUAAAGAGAUAAAGUAAUAUUGAUCGUGAGGUUUUUGAUUGGUGAAAUAAAAGGAAAGCAAGGAGGUUGCAGAGGAGUUGUAUCAUAGCUUUCCUAACCUUUACAGUCCGUUAAAAUGAAUUUUAUUAGGCAUACAGUCAGAUAACGAUAUGUCCAUUCCAAAAUGAAUUUAUUAAUGAUCUUCAAAACAUUAUUAAUGCCUACUUAGUAUACUUAACAAUUGCUGAAAUAUUCUGUCGGUAGUUUAGCCCAUUGUUUUCAUGUCACUUGUCAAACUGCUGUUACUGAUCCUUUUAGAGAAAUAUGAGAAGCUCUUCCUGUUUAAGUUUUUCUUCCCUACUUCAUUGAUAAUGCAACCAAGCCCAUUAUUUACAGCCAAAAUACAUACCAAAGAGAAGUUUCACCACAAGACAGUCUAAACGAAUAUAUAAAGUAUCAUCUGUAAUAGCUAAGCUUCUGAACAUGUUUAAUACUAGGAAAUUUUACACACCAACCUUUCACUUAACUAUACAAUUCAAUUUCUUAGAGUGAAACUUAAUCCACCUUGUUUUGAAAACACAAGUGUAAGGAGUGGUCCAUAUAUAUUUGGGUCAGGUAAACCGAAAAGUUACCACAAAAAUUUAUAUCACAGAUUGAAGAAUUCCAUUGACAGAAGAUAUCAUUUCCUAUUACUUAAAGUGGUAACAUCUUGUACUCCAUGAAAACUUGCAAGGAGAGGCAUUUAUGAAAAAAGAUUUAUAAUGUUUGGAAAGAAAUGUAUCAAGAACAGUGUGGAGAAUAUUCAUAACGAUGUUAGGGUGUUAAAGGUUAAUGUCUGCUAAUCUCUUUUUAUUUCAGGAUGCUGAUAAUGUUUGGUGGGAUGCAUUUGCAUCAGAAUUUUUUGAUGAUGACGCUACCCUGACAUUAAGCUUUUGCUUGGAAGAUGGGCCAAAAAGAUAUUGUAUGUCUCACUUAGAGCCUCUUUAAAUCCUUAAUGACCACACCUUUAUUCAUAUUUUUUAGUCAUUUUUGUUAACUUUUUGUUAACUUUUUUACCCCUUUACUUGGAUAUAACUAGAUUUGCAAGACUUGAAUUUCAGAAUCUGGUAGAAAAUGCUGGGAAAAUAUGUCACAGUCUGUAACUUCCUAAAUAUUGAUGAGAGUAGUGCCAUAGAGAAGCUGUUGUCCUUUUUCUGAUUGGUCUAUUUAUCCGUUAAAGCAAAUUAUUGUUAAAUAGGAGAAACAAAACUUUGGGUGAAUAGAGAGAACUGUUGGGCUGUGUUAGCCUCUUUUCACCAGUAUAGGUAUGUUUGGGAUUUCUUAAGGCAUUUGGAACAAUAUACAAUUUUAUAUGGGAGUGUGAUAGAAAUAUUUACAGGGAGAGUGCAUUGCUCUUUGGUCUCACACUUUUAACAUUUUAACAUUUUUUUUUUUUCAAUUCUUUUAGCUAUUGGACGGAACUUGAUUCCAAGAUAUUUCCGAAGUAUAUUUGAAGGGGGAGUGAAAGAACUGUAUUAUCAUGUGGUGCAGCCAAAAGAGUCCUACCACAACAACACUAGUACAAUAACAUUGGACUGUGAAAAUACAACGAUGAUUACACAUCAUAAAAUGCCAGUCUUCACCAAGGUUUGUAUCACAGGUGGUCUGCUCCUUGUUGGGUGGUCUUAAGUUUUGAUUAGAUAAACAUAAACACUUCAUAACCUUGUCCAAAUUGAGGACUAAAAAUUGAAAAUUUGUCACAUAGAGAAGCUUUCCUUGUAGUAAGAUAAGACGUGGUACAACAGAUACACAAUUAAAUUUUCAAUUCAAUAGUGACAACAAUUCUUAAUUUUAGUGACCUUUGUGUGACAGGGUACAGUAAUUUACAUGUUAACCCUUCAACUUCAAAGAUCUGGUGGUUAAUUCUCCUCUCUAGUUGUUACACAUUUCCUUGUAAAUUGGUUACAAGAAUUGGGUGUUAGAUCAAGAUUGAAACUUUUACCGGAUUAGUUUGAGUAGUCUCAUUAUCUCUUUGCCUACCAAAGUAUGGAUGUUGCAGAGAGGAGUUGCAUGUCUAUCUCUGCUGGGUUAAGAUUCAGUUCACAUUUGUUUGGCCGAAGUGACUUCAGGGAAAAUGAAACUUUUAAACCAAAUUUUACAGUUUUAGUGUAAACACAAAAGUGACCAACCGAAUUAGCAGAAACACUUCUCAGUCAUCUUUUAUUCCUUCCAUCCUGAGCAUUUGUUGACAUGAUUGAAUUUAGUUUGAAAUCACUGUUCUUUCCCUGUGAGGUGAUUAGUCAAAUUGAUUCAUGUGACACUAUUAACAGUAGUGACACAUUAAUUUUCAGCCAUAGCUGUACUUAUCUAUAUUUUGCAUUGAUUGAAAGAUUGUGAUAUACAAUAUGUAUUUGCCCUCCAGUAGACAAACAGGAUGGUCCCAGUGACUCCUAGAGGGAGGGUUGAAGGGUCCAUAUCCCCUUUCCCCACCAGACUUAUGAUGGAAUAUUGAUAUUUUUUUUUUAGAUUUGUCUAAUGUCUAAUUGCAGGGGGGGGUUGGAUGGAGAUUGUUUGAGAAGUAAACCUCCCUCCCUUGAUCCACCCCUGAUCCUCCUGAUAUAUUAGACUGGAAUUUUGAUCUAUUUAUGUUAAGUAAUGAAAGACCUUUUUUGACAAACACAUCAUACAUGUAUGUUCUUGUCAUGUUGCAGGUUUGUACAGAAGGCCGUUUGUUACUGGAGUUCACAAUGGAUGAACUGAUGAGGAUAAGAAACUGGCAUUUUGCCAUUCGGCAUUACACUGAAAUGAUCCCACGGAAUGUCAUUGUUGGGGCUCAAGAUCCAAACUUUUUGGAUCAGUUGUCCAAGAAUAUUACAAGACAAGGAAUGACAAAUGUCACCCUGAAUUAUCUAAGGGUAAGAAUGGGAAAUUUUAUUUUGGAGAAGUUCAGGUAAAGUCAUAAGGGAAUGUCAUUUCUAAACUCAGGUCAUUGUGGUCUCUUUAUGGGUUCCCUCACAGCACACCCAGAAACAUUCACUGAAUGCUGAAAUGUGAAUUUUAACAUGACCUUUUUUUGUUUUUUAAUAACUGGUUCUUCUUCUCAAAAUACUUUGGUCCUGGUAUAUAAAAUAAUGUACAACUCUUUCUUCAUAAAACUUUUUUCCAACCUUUUUUAUUUAAAUUUUUUUGUGAUGAGAGCUUUGCUCAGGCAGCAAACCGAUGUAUGAGUGAUGCAACACACCCAUGGCUAUAUAAAUAUGAUAAAGGAAUAUUCCCUAAAAUCUGCUAUACAAACCAGUCGGUGCUGAUAAUUUGUUGCCUGUGUAAUGUUAUCCUUCUGGCUUUCCCAUUAUAAUUCUUUCUAAAAACAAACCUGUUGAAUUUCUUACAGCUUUGCGUCAUUCUGGAGCCAAUGCAAGAGCUCAUGUCUCGUCACAAAACCUACAACAUGAACCCCAGAGGUGAGCUACUGCAAGUCUCAUGAUUUGAACCUGUAUUUAGUUCUAAGCUGCAAAGGGACUUUUUCCCAUCAUUUUUUACAGAUCUUAAUGAAAGAUCUUCAUAGUGAAAUAGGAGUUUGCGAAGCUCAUCUGAAGUGGCUCAAGGGAUAUUGAUUAGGCAUCCAAUAAGAUUUCAAACAAGUAUUCUUAAAGGAACAGAUCAUUGCCAAUCCGAAAGGACAUCAUUUGUUUCUGUCGUUUGCCAAGACUUUUCGUAUAAUGUUACUUAUUUAUCUUUGAUUAUCUAUGCAACAUGCAUAGUAUGAAAUAAAACUUCAAAUGUUCAAAAUUUAGACAAAAAUGAUUUUUUGUGUCUGCAGAUUGUUUGAAAUCCACUCUUUUCCAGAGAUGGCAAAGAAUGUGCGCCCCUCCAGGUAAUGAGCAAAUUAUAUUAUUCUGCUUUUUUGGGUUUUCAGAGUUUGAACUGAUUUCUUUUUAGAAUUUGGCAUAGCAUUUUAUUUCAAAUUUUUGGUAACUUUGCUCUAUGGUUUCUAAUUUAAUUUAGAAUGUAUUUAAAUAAAUUGUAAUUGCCCAGGUUUAGUUAGUUCUGAAGAGGACUACUGUUGGUAACAGAGACUGAAUUUAUGACACACUGAGCAGAAUUCAUAAUAAGAGGCUAAAUUUAAGUCUGAUGAUGAUUUUGCUGGGGGUUGUCAAAAUGAUGAUCAUUGAAACAGUCUUCUACAGGACUUCCCUUAACUGUAUGAUCAAACAUGAGAGACAGUUUUCUUUUUCAGUUUCCAACACUUUCCUGUGAAAAAUGGAUUGUCAAAGUAAGCUGGCAACCAGCACAUUUUGCUGUCUACCUUGAAAAAGGUGCCAGCUAUUGCAAAUGUCUGUGGCUAAAUAUACAGCAUGGAAGCAUGAAAUUUAUUACCCUUAGUGUGGCAUACUUUGCAUCACAAUUUGGUCACACAAAAUCUUUUUGACAACCCUGAAAAAUAUGUAGUAUGACUUAUGAAGGGAAAUAAAACCAAACAAAGUAAACUAGAAUAGUGAUACUGAAGGAUAAUUCAAAAAUGAAAAGUUUGAAAAAUAAAAAGUAUACCUUUAAGUGUCCAAAGUGUCUCUUAGAUAAGAUAGAUAACGAGGGUAUGCAGAACAAGCAAGGAAUUAGAGGAUAUAAUUUGAAAAAUGAUUACCACUCUGCACAAGCUGAGCUAACUGAUUGAUCCUGACAUACAUAUCUUUGCAAAUCUUACCACAGAGUAUAAUCAAGGCAAUGAAAUGAUGUGGCAGCCGAAUACCCCAACUACACCAGGUAAGGUCUUGUUUUGUCUAAUUUGGUUUCACUCUGUAGGUUUUGCUAACUUAGUAUUAUUUUCCUUUGAUUUUAUUGAUUUCCUUUUUAGUUUUAAACAUAACAUGUUUGUAUUGGUUGCUUGUGUUUAGCAGAAUUCCUUUCAUCAUUCGAUAAGGUUAUCCUUGUAAGGUUUUUGUAAACUCACUAUCAGGGCUACUCAGAAAAUUUUGCAAGAUUUCCAAAGUAACUAAUUUUUUGGCAUUUGGCCAAAGUGGUGGUUGAGAACAUUGAUUUUUUUUUUUAAUUUUAUUUUUUGGCCAGUUUACUUUUAAAUUUACAUUGAAGAGUCCAAAGCCCUGAUAGUCAGAACCCAUAUGCCCAAGAUCAGUUUCUUUUGAGCCAUGGCAAAAAUGUCCCAAAUGGCCAUUGGUGAUGUAAAGUUUGUGCAUGUUCAUUAAUUGCUCAAGCAGUUGAUGAGAUUCAGACAAGAAUGCUCAUAAGACCUGUCAUUCAGGGCCUUUAUUGCAGUAGUGUAAAGUCAUGUAAAUAAGUACUCAGCUGAGAAGCCAGUACUUUCAGCCCCUAAACAUGGCCAUCUUGGUUGAAAGACUGUUUUAUGGCAGCUAGGACUGUAUUUUAAUAAGGAGCCAUUUUUUUAACCUAUCCAAUGCAUGUAAGUAAAAAAUGGCUGCUGGAUGAUGAUCCUAAAUUAGACGAGCACACAUCUUAUUUAUACCUGUUUUACCCCAAAGGAUCCCCUUUUCCUAAACUUCUUGAGAGAACCUUGACUGGGCAGCCUGCUUCCAAAAAAGGUUAGCCUCAGUUCCAAUCUUAAACAGUGUUUGAUCAUAGGUAGACUGGCUUGGUCAACAUAGGGUAGCCAACGUUUUUUCCACAGGAAAACCAGCUUGAUACUUGACUACGAUCGUCUUAAGGCCUUUUGUCUGGGGAAUUUUGCAGUUUAAUUCUGUUUUAAAAAUGAAUCAGUCUUGCGGAGUCAAAUCUUGUGGUCAAACACUGUUUGAAAUCUUAGAGAGAGCAUGAAAUACUUAAAACAGGGAUCCAAACUGCAGCUGCACUGUGUAUUUUUAGUAGACAUUGCAGACAACAUUCAAGUGUCUUCUGUUUUUCAGAAACCCAACUGCACAAUUGUAAAGCAGAUUUGGGCUCUUCUGUGCCCUGGUUGAUGUUUUUAAAGCAUCUUAUCCUAGUGUUACCAAUUUCCCAGAAUUGACCUUUUCAAUUAAUACAAGGCUGUUGCAAAAAAAGUAUGCUAUAUUUUGCAACAGUGAAAUCAUUGUUUCGCUGAAAACGUUUCGCUGUUGAAAAAUUUUUCGUACUAAGAAGGCGUAUAAGUUAGAAAUAUUGUAAAUAAUUUAAUUUUCCAACUUUAAUGCAAAAACAAAAUAAAAAUCCCCUAAUCCGCGUACGCAACACAUUUUUCCAGAGAAUUGCUAUCAAUAUUCAAGUCUACCUAUUUUCCUGAGGUCGCUUCACCAUGUCUUAAUAGGAAAUAUUGUUUACAAGUUAGUCGCGAGCGUUAGACCAAAAAAAAUUAAGUCUAAGUACCAUGUGAGGAUUUUCACCUUGGACUUUUCCAUUUCCUAUUCAGACAUUUUAGUAGAAAUUUUGUCUUAUAAAUUUCCACGGAGUUAGGCCUUGUAUGAGGAUAUUACCCCAGCCACUCCCCAUUUUAUCGUCUGAUGUUGUAUCAUUAAGCCACAGAGAAUUUUGUGGUGCGUCAGGCCAUUUGAAAUGGGACGCGCGUCUUUCAUACUGCUAGAAUCAGCAAUGUCAAAAGCGUCCCAAGCCAAGAUAGAGUAAAAAUUUUGAGCUUAGUCCUUCAUCGAAUAAAGAAUAUUGGUACACAUCUGUCCUUAGCUUAAGUAAAACAAAAAUCUUAGAAUUCAACAAAUUCUAGUUUUGCGAGUGGAUUAAGUGAUAAUGGUAACUAUAGGGUGACGAUGAAGAUGGGAGACAUCUUACCCGCAAGCAAGCUAGUAAGGCAGCAGUUUAAAUUGUUAUCUUCAUUAACUCGCUCUAAACCGAGGGUUCCCUUUGUGAGUUUGGUUUCUUUCUUAUUGCUCUCCUACAAUUCCUGAAAUUAAUGAAUUAAGUUUCUUGUUUCCCACCAGCAGAAACGCCUCGUGCUCCGAGGGCAAGGCGGAAACGGAAACCUACAAAUGCAAACUCAUCGACCCCUAAUACUGGGAUGAACAGCACUUCCAGCAAAAAGAAGUCGCCAAGUGCGUCCGGGUUUACUCUGGCGACCCAGGAUGUAAUGGUUGUCGGCGAACCUUCUCUGAUGGGCGGCGAAUUCGGAGACGAAGAUGAGCGGCUCAUUACAAGGUGAAAUGUUGUUCUGUCAUUGAUAAAAAGAGGUUAAGCCGUGCUCACACUAGUUAGUUUCUCGUAACAUGUGGUGCAGAUGUCAAGGGAACUUUUAUUUUAUUCAUUAGCGAAGAAAACGUGUCAGUAGUAUUUGAUAAAGAAAAUUUGCUAAACCAGAAGUUAAGUUAUGGGUGUAGUGUACUUCAGAACCCAGUAAGUUUUACCUGCGUUAUCGAAAGUAUUAUAAAUUUCAAAAAAACUGAUCGCGUUUUAAGGUUUCAAGAAUUGACUUCAAGUGUGCUCAAAAUUCGAUUAUGGAGGCCGCCAUUUUGAUUCUUGCUCAGCAACCUAGCCACUCGCCUUCGACGUAAAGAACACCCUUUUCCCAGGACACGACUUCUUGUUCGAAAGCCCACGUCGGUGUCUACUAAGGAUAAAAUGUUGCGUUUUCGUUUUACUGUCGAGCAACAUUAAAGGAAAAGUUGAAAAGGAAAUCAGCGAGUGUUAAUGCGGCUGUUGAGGAAAACGUAGAAGUUCCAAUGAGACCUUGCACUACUGCUAAAAAAAACUAGCAGGCUUCGACGAGAUUCGAAUUAAUGUGUGGGAGCCAGGUACUUAAAUCUAGUCGAAGCCUUGAUUUUUGUAGGCUUUUUUUUAAUAGUAGUUUGUUCCCUCAUUUAACCCUUUAUAAUGUUAUUUGAAAUGCUGCCGUUGGUAAUAUGCAUAGAUAGUUCAUGUAGAUUAUUCUUAACCCUUUGCACUCUAACAUCAGUAUGUAUAUUCUCCAUACUGCUCUCUAUAAAUUCCUAAGGUGCUGACAAGGAGAAUUUGUUUAACAGUCAAGAGCUUUUUUAGUUGGUGAUCAUUUCCUUUAUUCUUGUUACUCUUAUGGGUGAUUCAGGGGGUGAUAUUGUGAGGAGAAUUUAGAUGUUAGUCGCUUCCAGGGGACAGAGGAUUAAAAUGUGGGGUGUGAAUAUCCAGUAACGGUUCUUCUUCACUUCAGAUUGGGUUGUGAUGAUGGUGAGAGCAGUUUCCUUGACAUUAGGCCCUCGGUGAGUGUUUAUCCUCCCUCUCGCAUUAAUUUACCUCUGACAAAUAGAUAAUGAGCUGAUGAUAACACCUCGCAGAAUUUGUCCAAUUACGAUAAAUGUAAAUAGGGGAUCAUUUGGUGAAUGCGUUGUAACUGUUUCCUCCCGUUGAUUUACGUACUGUAAGGUCGAUAUUCACGAGCCGUUUUAUUUUAAAAUUGUGUUAUUUUGUCAGAGGGAAAUUGAAGAGGGAGGGUGAACCGAACGACAACUCUGACCUUGCACUGUAUUUAAAGCGAUAGAAGACUUUUUCUUUGUGUGCAAAACUUCGUCUGUCACGACGGGAGCUGGGAGACUGCGAGACAGUUAUGCUUAUCCGCGUUUCGGGGUUUCCUUACUUUCGAGAGUUCUUCCAACUUUGCGAUGGUUACAUAACCACAGAGAAGAGUUAUUUUGCUUUCAAACGAUAUUUCUCAAAAUAUAUGUGAUAAUCGAGAACGUCACAUCCGCGUUUACAUACCCUAGUCUAAACACGUGUAUCGACCAAUCAGAAAGCCCGUGGUAUCUCUGUUAUUGUUUGAUAAAAAUUGCAGAUUAAAAAUCGAAGUAACACUCGAAAAUUAUGAUCUUAGAUUUCGCUUAAAUGAAAUAUUAUGACAAACAUUUAUCGAGAUCCAACGGCGUUGUUUAAUAGAUUCACAUGAGACAAGUUUUCUAAAUGUUGAGAUGAGCAUUGCAUAAAGCGGUUUCAUCAACAAUUUACCCCCAAGUAUUGUGGGAAAGGCCGGGAGAGGGAUGUAAGACGCAAAUCUUUAUCAAGAUACUGGAGAUCAAGUGUUGGAAUAUUUCCCUUCUCGCGAAUGAAAGGGAAAAGUUUUUUUUUCUUUUCUUUCGUAAGUUCAUCUUAGUCAUUGCUAAAUAUACACGAGUACUAUUUAGAGCAUCCGUCGUGACCAAUCGUAUCAGUGAUAUCUUUGAUUUCCACUUUCAGACUGGAGAACACUCAGUAUGAUGCCAGCAAUGGUGUCGGCGACGACGGAGACUUUGGUAACAGCCCUAUGAGUGGAAGUCCGAGCCUUUGGAGUACGGACAGAAAACCUACUCAAGACGACAGUGCCGGAGACUGA